AAUGAAAAGAAGAGUCGCUCCGGAUUCAUUGGAUUUCAACUCACAUAAUUCCAUCUUAAAUCCAGGAUGAGAGCACUAGGUUGGGGGAAGGCUAGCAUAGAAACAUGCCAGCGUUGCUGGAAAAUGUGUCCGGCUACUGUCAGCAUUGGUUUUGGAACUAUUUUGUUGAACUUGAUGCCAUUAAGAAAUCAGGGUUACAAUGCUUCCGGGAUAUUCAAGCCGAUGUGACCAAUAUUCUCCUUUGGAAAGGACUUCUAUUGCCGGAUAAGCCUCCAUACAAUAAAGGAGCCUUCUGGAUUGAGAUAGAAUUUCCAUGUGAGUAUCCACUCAAGCCUCCCACUGUAAGCUUCAAAACCCAGAUCUACCACCCCAAUGUGGAUGAGGAGGGUAAACUCUGCCUGCCAAUCAUCAGCAAGACGGACUGGCAGCCUUAUACAAAGAUAGACCAAGUAAUUCAGGCCUUGAUCCAUCUGCUAAAUAUGCCUGAAUUACAAAGCCCGCUACGUCCAGACUUGGCCAAGGAGUUCGCGGAAGAUCAUGAGACAUUCCUGUUACGGGCAGAAGAUCACACCAGCAAUUUCAGUGAGAAGCGGCCUUGCGAAUGACCUGUUCUCCCCGACUGGAGUCCACCUUACAUAAUUGCCUAUUUUAUUUUUUUUAGCCCCACAAAUCUUUGUGCAUGAUGAAAACUUGGAUUUUUCUGACAUUAAAGCCAGAACUAUUCAUUUGGGAAACAUUCAUACCCUUGAACAAACAUAGAUUCAAAGAUGAGACACGGAUUCGUUUUAUUAAGUUAAAGGUCUGUGUCUGAAUAUGAAUGAAAACUUGUGUUGCUUUCCCCAUCCUGAAGCUAAAAUCUAUUUCCUGAAAGGGUAGUUCUGGCUUUAAACCCAGUACCUGGAUUUCAAUAAAUUUCAAAUCAAACUGAAGAGAUGACACAGUUUUCUAAAACAGAACAAUAUUUUCCUCCAAAAGAGCAGAACAAAUUAGGACAUUUGCAAAGUUUCAGGAGUACAUCAGAGAAGUAGAGUUAGAAUUCCACAGAGAAAACUUAAAGUACUAAGUUUUCUAUUUUCCAAAUACAGAAAAACUGGGUUGAUAAGAGGAGGGGAAAAGCUGAGAGAUUUGCUGUGAAAGCAAAGAAUGACUUAUCAGGAAUAGACCAAUAGGAAUGCUUCUGGAAAAAAGAAUAUGGCAUUUGAUGCUUUGCUAUAUGCCAUUCUCUUGCUAGUAUAUUUACCUUGGAUGAAGAAAAUAAACACAUUCUUAAUUC